AGUAGAGGCUCGCGGACUAGCUCUGCGCUCUGCCGGUGCGCCGUGGACCACCAAUGAGACAAUGGCUGGGGCGAGUCUCAGCUCUUUCGUCCUCUCUGCUAGGUCAAACACCCGUCUCCGUCGGCUUUUCACUCUAAUCUCUGGCCCCAGACCGCUGUCCACAAUGCCUCUGCAGAGUAUCAAGGCCCGACAGAUCUUCGACUCUCGCGGUAACCCCACCGUCGAGGUCGACCUGGUCACCGACAAGGGUCUGUUCCGCGCCGCCGUGCCCUCCGGAGCCAGCACCGGCAUCUAUGAGGCCCUCGAGAUGCGCGACAACAUCAAGGACUCCUACCACGGCAAGUCCGUGUUCAACGCCAUCAAGAACGUGAACGACAUCAUCGCCCCGGAGCUGCUCAAGCAGACCUUCGAGCCAACCCAGCAGAAGGAAAUUGACGACUUCAUGCUGAAGCUCGAUGCCACUGAAAAUAAGUCGAAGCUUGGUGCCAACGCCAUCCUCGGCGUUUCCCUCGCUGUGUGCAAGGCUGGUGCUGCUCAGAAGGGUGUGCCUCUCUACAAGCACAUUGCUGAUCUGGCUGGCAACACCAACAUCAUCCUCCCGGUGCCCGCUUUCAACGUGAUCAACGGCGGAUCUCACGCCGGCAACAAGCUGGCUAUGCAGGAGUUCAUGAUCCUGCCAACCGGUGCUACAUCCUUCACUGAGGCCAUGAAGAUCGGCUCUGAGGUGUACCAUCACCUGAAGAAGGUGAUCAAGGACCGUUUCGGCCUGGACGCCACCGCUGUCGGUGAUGAGGGUGGCUUCGCUCCUAACAUUCUGAACAAUAAGGAUGCACUUGUCCUGAUCCAGGAUGCCAUUGCCAAGGGUGGCUACACUGGCAAGGUUGAAAUUGGCAUGGACGUUGCCGCUUCUGAGUUCCACAAGGACAAACUGUACGAUCUGGACUUCAAGAAUCCCAACUCCGACAAGAGCCUGUGGCUGGAUGGGGACAAGCUCGAGGGUCUGUACCAGGAGUUCAUCAAGGAAUUCCCAAUUGUGUCGAUUGAGGAUCCGUUCGACCAGGACCACUGGGAGGCCUGGAGCACGAUGACCGCCAACACCACCAUCCAGAUCGUCGGCGACGACUUGACCGUGACCAACCCCAAGAGGAUCACCACCGCCGUCGAGAAGAAGGCGUGCAACUGCCUGCUGCUCAAGGUGAACCAGAUUGGCAGCGUCACUGAGGCCAUCGAUGCUCACUUGCUGGCCAAGAAGAACGGCUGGGGCACCAUGGUGUCCCACAGGUCUGGCGAGACUGAGGAUGCGUUCAUCGCUGACCUCGUUGUUGGUCUCAGCACCGGCCAGAUCAAGACUGGUGCCCCAUGCCGAUCUGAGCGUCUGGCCAAGUACAACCAGAUCCUUAGAAUCGAGGAGGAGCUGGGUGCUGGAGCCAAGUUUGCUGGAAAGUCCUUCCGCAAGCCAGAGUAAAGGAAUUGUCGCUGUUUCCAUCUAGUCUGUAUUAGGCCCAAGGCUAAAUUGUUAAAACAAUCUAAAAACACGCUACUUGGCAUUUAAAGAAAGACAAUUCCCAACGAUUCUACUUAUCUGUGUUGUACCACCUUUACCCUCAAAAAAUAAAGCCAAUUUCACUCUUGUUAAUGAGGGUAACAAUA